CUUGAUAUUUCGAUCCCUUUUGAAACCCAAGCUCAAAUUUGAAGCGCAAAGUCCUUCGCAACGUUGUUUGUGGCGGCGCAAGUCUCUCUUCGACAAAUCCCGCCGACGACUAGGAUCGGAUUGGCCCAAUCAUGCCUCUCAACCUGCGAUUUGCUACGCCGGCCGACGGCCCGGCCCUAGUCGCCAUCUACCUGUCAGCGUUCCACGACAGCCCGGUGGCGACAAAUUGUUUCCCUUCAAGCUCUCAAGCAUGCCGCCAGUUCCUCACCGCGUCCUUCAUCGAGGAGAUGGGCAACCCGCGGUUCCAGUGGCUCGUCAUCACAGACUCAGACUUCAAGGACGACCCCGACCUCCCCAUCGCAUGCGCAAAAUGGGUAUACCCGGCCAAAAACGGUGGGCACAACGUCGAGCCAAUGCCUCCGAAGGAAACAUGGCCAAAGGAAGGCAACCCGGAGUUCGCCGACUACUUCUUCCGCACCCUCGGGAGGAAGCAUGCCGAGAUCAUGGGCGAGGUCCGUCACUAUUAUCUGGAGCUCAUCAUUUGCCGGAGGGAGCACCAGGGCAAGGGUGCCGCAACUCCUCUGAUGAAAUGGGGCUGCUCGAGAGCGGAUGAGGAAGGCAAGCUGGUGUUUCUGGAGGCCGUGGCCGCGGCCAAGCCCAUCUAUGAAAAAUACGGAUUCCACACCGUUGAUCGCGAGGACAUGACGGCACCGGACGGGGCAGUGGUACAGCAAUUCUUCAUGCUCAGGGAAGGCAAGGCUGCUGACGAGUUCAAAAGUACAAUGGACAAGCUAGGCAAGUCGGACUAGGUGUAGGAGUUCGAGAUCCAUGCUGGGGAUCUUGCCAGCACGGGGCGUGGUGCAUCAUGCAAGGCAAUCAGCUAAAAGGUUGCCAAAACCUACAACGUCUUGUGGGAAUCGUAGAGAAGACAUAUUAUAAAGUGCCAUCACCGGGUGAAUGGGGAUAUUAUGCAUUCCGUAAGAGGCCCAGGCUCAACUCACUCGGGGAUUCUUCGGAGAUGUGCCAAGUCAUGGGGUUUGAAGGGCAACGAAUUUCACGUGCCACGGAAG